AACUCCAAAAACCAAAAAAGUUUCCAAAAUAAAAAGUCACUGUUUUUAUUUUGUAGAAGCUCUCUCUCUCUAUCUCUCUCUCUGAACAAAGUUCAUUCAAUAAUACUCUCUCUACCACAAGGAUCUCUCAGGUGAUGGCAUCGAAGCGGAUCUUGAAGGAGCUCAAGGAUCUACAGAAAGAUCCUCCUACGUCUUGCAGUGCUGGCCCUGUUGCCGAAGACAUGUUCCAUUGGCAAGCAACAAUUAUGGGUCCUCCUGACAGUCCUUAUGCAGGUGGAGUUUUUUUAGUCACUAUUCAUUUUCCUCCGGAUUACCCAUUUAAACCACCCAAGGUUGCAUUCAGGACGAAGGUCUUUCACCCCAAUAUCAAUAGCAAUGGGAGCAUUUGUCUUGAUAUUUUGAAGGAGCAGUGGAGCCCUGCCCUUACCAUAUCCAAGGUGUUGCUCUCAAUCUGUUCACUUCUAACGGACCCAAAUCCUGACGACCCUUUAGUGCCGGAAAUUGCCCACAUGUACAAGACUGACAGGAGCAAGUAUGAGACAACUGCAAGAAGCUGGACCCAGAAGUAUGCUAUGGGUUAGUAAUGCUGCUAUGUUGAGUGUGUUUGAGAGUGAUAGGAGGGCUUAUUUCUCAAUGGGCUUUGGUCUUUUAAAUUAUUAGAAGUUAUACCUUCGUGUGCCAUGCACGCGGGGGGGCAUUUGACAAAUGACCAAGUGAAAAUAAUGUACCUUUCUUAUUAAUGUUGUAACUUGUAAUUGAGCUCUAAUAUUAAACUUUCAUCGUCCUAUUCUACCUA